AUGGCCGCAAUGGCCGCCCGAUCCCCAACCGGCGCCCCCGUCGAGGAACCCAAGCUCGGCGUACCCUCCCUAAACCCUCUGCCCCUCUCUGCCUCGCAAGAAGCUCAAGUGCGCGACAUCUACUACGCCCGCGUGCGAGCAGCAUGUGCCCCCGAAAUCAAAGGUACCAAUUGGCUCACUUCCUCUGCCUCUUUGGCUCCCCCGCCGAUUCCCCCCUCCCCGCUGACAGCGCACGCCGAACCAGCCUUUGCCGAAUGUGCUCUGGGCCGCACCCUCUCCAUCCCCUUCGUCUGCCGCACGCCGCACCGGGCCAUGAACUCGUGCAUGGUCUCCCACGCGACCCAGGCCGAGCAGGACGCCGCCCGCGAGGACUGGUUCGCGCAGCGCCUCGAGCGCCAGCGCGAGCGCGAGCGCAAGGCCCAGAAGAAGGCCGGCCAGGAAGAGUUUCUCCGCGAGUGGUGGGGUCUUCCCGAGAAGGACGCCGAGACGCGGAGGAGGGAGGAGGAGAAGGCCGCGCGGGCCGAGAGGGUCGGCGGCUACGCGGCGAGGAAUCGUGUGAGAUGGGGAGAGUCGGAGGCGGCGCCGACAGGCGAGGAAACCAAGAAGAGGUAG